AUGGACGACAUGGACGGAAUGGACGGCAUGGACGGCAUAGACGAUCUCGCAGCAUUGAGUGACACGAUGGUAUACCAGCAAGUGCUCACAGUAUUCUCCCCUGUGAUUCCGGCAUCCAUUCGACGACGGCUUCCUAGUCUGUAUUGUUCAAUGCAUCGACUUGUAAGAUCCGACGUCAAGUCCAGCGCCAAAGCGCCUUCGGCUGGCGACUCCCGAAAUGGCUCGAUGCGCUCGAUGCGACUUUCUUCUGAUAAUUCGGGAUUGAAGUAUGUGAGGCCGCUGCCGGAUAUUCCUCCAGAGUCUCCCUUCCAGCGUCCUAGUACCGCAAGCAGUGCCAGUAAUGGCCGAGACUUGUACGCCUCGUCUGUCUUUGAAGGACAGGGCUAUACCGAGGCAUCUAGUCUCGCAGGUAGUAGACCUGAUGAUGUGUUUACUCCAGUGAAUUCCAAGUAUGAGGUGGAUUCCGGAUUGCGAUGGAAUCGAAUAGUCCCUGCCAUUGGCCUCCUUCAAAAUGCCACCCGUGAAGCUCAACAGCAUCAAUGCGACAACCGGUUAGCCCGCUUGUUGUACAUUAAUGCUCUGGGCUAUCUGCUUGACGGCCUCCCAGCGGACAUGACGGAUGACGAGGUCAGGACAAUCCAGCACAAUCUCCCUGCAGAUGUGAGAGAAGCUUUGCCUGCGCCUGUCAAGACGGGAACACCUGCAGGGGAUAGGCAUCCACCAUAUCCACCGGAGAGGUCGUAUCUUCACCGUCUGUUGGCUUCCAGUAUCAUCAAGUUCUUCCUCCUUGUGCAAUUCUUCAUGCCGCAUGUCAAAGUCCUUAUGCGCAUUAUGUAUGAAUACGAACGAUCACAUCAGAUCACGGAACGUGCUAUAACAACGGCUCAUAGUCUGGGUAGAGGGGGUGUGAAUCUUGGGUCCGCGAUUUUGAAUUUCAAUGAAGGAAAAGUGGGCGCAACCUUGUCGAAUCUGGCAGCCUGGUGGGUGGAAGGCAUUGCAGGUGGGAUUCAUGAGGGAAUGGGAGAGGGCAUGAUAAUGAUGGGUCUCAUCCGACCAAAUGCUGAGAUGGAAGGGGCAUCUAUGCAGGCGUCGCAGAGAUGA